UGCAUGUGAAAGUAAAAUUUGUAUUCCGAAUAGAUCAUGCUGUAUUGAUAUCAAUGGCACUGAAGCAGAUAAGAAGUUUUAAAGUAGUGAUAUGCAAGUUGAAAGAUGGAUAACAUUUGGGAAAAACUAGAUUACAUGCAAACAACAGGUAACACUGAACAAUAUAUGCACAAUGAUAAAUCAUCAGUUGAUGCGGUUAACGCAAGUAGUGACAUUCUGACUAUAGUUGCAGACCAAAAUCUUAAUUUGUCAAUUGCUUGCGGCAAUACAAAUGAAAAUAAACAUCGCAAGGAUUUUGUAGACCAGUUUGUGAUUCCCAAAAAGAUAAUUGAUUAUGGGCUUUUGUCUUCAUUAAAAGAAGAUUCAAGAGAGUAUCAACAUGAGGUUUUACCCAGUAUUGUCAGGAGCUUCAGAUAUGGACAAUCAAAGUCUCGGUACAGAUACAGUAAGCCUUAUCUUGUUCAGAACAAGAGACUUGAAGAACAGUUCCAUGAGAGGAAAAGAGAAUUUAGACAAGCAGGAUAUUCAGAUAAAGAAAUCAAAGAAAGCUAUGGGUUUUUAUAUGUAAGUGAAGAGCAAAAUAUAGAGCAAAUAUGUGGAGAUGGUUUGAAGGUUGGAAAUCUGAAAAGUUCCUGUCUUGGCCAUGCUGAUAUGGGUGUACAAUUAUGUAAGCAUGCUGAUGUUAUUAGACCAGGCAGUGUUUCCAGUAAAUACAGUGGUUAUCUGGUUAUAUUUAAAGUGAUAAAGGGAAAAGUUAAACAAGUAGUUGAGAACCACACUAACAUUCCAUUAGAACCUACCCCAAAUUAUGAUUGUCAUCUGGUAGCCAGUUCUGACAGUUCAUCAAAUCAUGCUGCAUUAUUUAACAGUUCACAGAUUUAUGCCUAUGAGUAUGGCGAAGAAAGUAUAUGUGAAAUUCCUCGUCAAGUGAUGCCAUUUGCUGUGGUGAAAUUUUUGUUUACACCAAAAUCAAAUUCGAGGACGAACACAAAUACAGUUGCUCAAAGUACUUCAUCUAGGACAUCAGCAUCCUUGGGACCAAUGGCAUCAUCUGUUAAAGAUGCAGGUGAAACAUAUAUUGUGUGGAAUGGUGCUCUCACAGUCAAAGGAAUGCAUGCCUGUAAUAUCAACAUGGUAUCAUCUGCUUCAUGGUUUAAACCAGCUAAACUUGGGACAGAUAUUGAUAUAACACACAAGUUAGAAGCUAGCAAGGUAAAACAGAAAUAUCUGAAACACACAGGAAAACUUGCUAAAAACUGUGAAAACCACUCGGGAAAUUAUUACAUCAAUAUCUGUGAACUACAUCCAAGUAAACCUGGAAUCAAAGGUCACUUCCAAAAGAUCAUGAAUUAUCUUGGCAAACAUGAUUGUAUUGCAGUACAGAAACUAGAGGAUGUUAUAUUACUCCUAUUGACACAAGGGCAACUUUCAUACCAAUUAGGUUUGUCACAGCCUCAUAAGUAUCCAGUUGUGCUGUAUUGCCUUUUUCUUUCUAGAAAUUCAAGAAAAAAAAACUCCGGUAGUGAAGAAGAAGAUGACAAAGACAAAGAAAAAGAAGGAGAAAGUAACAGCUUAGAAGAUAAAAGUAAAGUAGAGGAAAAACAAGUAGCUUGUGUAAAAACAGUGAAGGAUCUUGGAGGAGAAAACUCUACUGUUUGUGAUAUGGAACUAUGUGAUUCAGGAGAGAGUAAUAUAGCUGUCUCUUUACCUAUUGUACAGCUAUCAUCUCCAUGUCACCAAAUUGUCUCAACUUCCAAAUCACCAAGUGUUUGUAUAGGAAAUACUCUCUUUGAAUCACCUACAUCAUUGGGAACAAAAGAUUCAGAAAAUGACUCUCCCAAACUGGACAAAAUCUGUCCAACAAAGGUAACACCAGAAAUUCUCAAGUUACCACCAGACUACCCAUAUAAAAAAAACAAAGAUAGUGUUUCCAUUUUAAAACAUUUGAACACUUCUUUUGGAAGAACUAAUGAGAACUAUGUAGUGGCAACAGUGUGGGACAAUGGGAAACCAACCAGUGGUCAGAUGACACCUGUAAGAGAAGGGGAAACAACUCCCAUAAGAUUUGUUUCUCCACCUACUCCAGGCACACCAACUCUGGAUGAAAGACAGUUAAUGCAUUACUAUACCUCACCGUUAGAAAAAUCACAAGAUGAUCCUAAUAACAACAGGGACAUUUCAUCAAUAGAAUUUAACCCCAGUCCACAUCUAGACAGGGCGUUUGAUAGGUCACAACUUGCUUCACCAGAACAGCGUUCAAGAGUUCCUCCUCAACCACCAACUCUUAAUCUUGAAGAGAGCAUUGCCAGAGAAUCAACAGAUGAACCAACAUGUCCACAUUUAGAAAAAGAGGAAGUUAAUUACAAAAGUUUAGCAUUGGAGGAGAAGUCACCACCUGUGUCAAAAGAUCAAAGUCAAUUAAUACUUCCUUGCCUAACAUCACAUUCACUACAAUUAGAUAAAAGUAACAACAGUUCAUCCAUAUUACCUCAACCACGGAAUGAAUCAGAAAGUUGUCAAAAUAGACAAUCAGAAGAGAAUCUAUACUCAAAAUCACCUGAAAUUCAAUGUCAGUCAUUGGACAAAUCAUUAUGCAUAACAUCUUCUCACAGUCCAGUAUCAUUGAAAUGCAUUCCACUGCCAUCUUGUGAAACAGCUAUAAGUUCAGAUGUAUUUUCUUCCGACAUUCCUUCUGUAUCAACAAAUUCAGACACAGACAGUGUACAUUCUCCGGGAAUCUGUGAACCCAUUUCAACUGUAGGGCAGAGUAAUUCACCAUUGAAGUUUAGAACAACACCUCCACAGUUUAUACAGUCACCUACUUCACAAGUGUUAUCACCACCACCAUAUCACACCAGUCCAAGAUUGCCAACAAUUUACCAGUUAGCUUUCCAGUCUACAAUAUCUCGUGCACCCAUCAUGUACUCACCACCUUCUUACAACACUUAUCCUCCACGACACUGGUCUCCAUUGGGAUAUCAACAGCAUUGUUAUAAUUACAACAGAAUGUCAACACCAAUGAGACCUAGUGGUUACUAUGAACCUAGAAUGGCAUGGCCACCUUGGGAUCUUUCUCCCCCAAGACCAUUGAUGUACUCACCACCUUAUCAACAUAGAAAACCAUCAUUACUUGGUGUGGCACCACAAGGAGUUCAACCGUGGAGUAGUAGACCACUACUACCAUUAAUUGGGAAUGUUGACUCUGUGAGGUCUAGAUUACAGGUUAAUCCAGCUCCUAGUUGUCCUUUUAAUGCAAAUUCUCAACAGGAAACUAAUUCUUCAAUGAUGAAAACUCUACAACAGAAUACAUCAAAAGAAAUGUCAGCUCAGAGUUUAAAGCCAGGACAAAACGCAAACGAAAUUGGUCAUCAAAGCCAACCACAGACUGUUUCUACUAAAUUUACAGUACCAGCAGCUGUCAUUUCCCCAAUAAAGCCAGUUACUUUGGAGGUUGGAGUUUUAAAACCACUUGUGCCAUACACAGAUACAGAAAACAAUUGUAUUUCUGAACCUCUGGUUCCUUACACUGAUAUAUCAGAAGAAGUAGUGAUUUGUAAACCUCUUGUGCCGUAUACUGAUGUAGGCAAUGAUGUUGUUCAAUCAAUUGAAACUGUUAAUCACACACAGGAACUACUUCAAAACUGUAUUGAAUUAAACCGUGAAAACACAGAACCCAGCAGAGAAUUGGUCGAUGGACAUGUAGGAAGUGAUUUUAUUGGAAUUUCUGAUGGAGAACUACCAACUGAAACAUCAAUAGCUAGCAAUAAAAGUUUAGAUAAAUAUGAAAAUGGAUUUAUGACUAAACCACCAAAGUCAAGUCUUAUUCAGCAAGUUAAGAUUAAAGAUGAUUUUAGGGUUCAAGAGAAAGCUCAUGAACUUCAUAGCAUUUUGAAAAGAAGUCCUAGACUAAUAAUGACAUCUGUCGUUGGAAAGGGCUAUGACUACGCACCAAAAAUAGAUUUCACAGAGGAAUUAAGUAUGAAACAGGAACCAGUAGACGACACAAUUGAUAAUAUCAUUCAAUUCCUAGAUUUUGAUUCAAAAUCUCCAGGGACAAGUAAAGUUGAUAAAUCAGGAAAUGACAUGAAUAGCAGCAAUAAGAAAUCAGCAAAGAAAGGUUAUGGACAGAAACAGCCUCACACAGUAACUAAUAAAGAUGUUGAAAAUAUGAGGAAGUUGCUAAAUGAUACAUUAGAGAGAACCUCUCCUAAGAAAAAAUCUAGUGGAGACUGCAAAAAAACAAGAAGGCAGAGUAGUGAGAAUUGUCUGGAUAAAGCUGUAGAUUCUCAGAUGAAUUCUCAAAACAUUGCAUCUAAGUCAGUGAAAGGAAGUUUAAAACACCCUCUUUCUGAGAAUUCCUCGGAUGUGGCAUGUAAGAAAAUAAAACUGGAAACUGACAGGGAUAGAAUACCAGUACUAGGCUCAGUUCAGGCCAUGGAGAUCACAACCUGUUCUGACAGUUCAGAUUUAGAACUCAUUGAAUCUCAACCUCCCCCUUUCAUUGAUUUGACAAGCCCAAUUGUUGACCUAACAGAAUCACCAUCUCCCAUUCGAAUAGUUAGAACUGUCACAGGUUAUGUGGUAGAGAAAUCAUGUAAAACCAAGCUGAUCGUAGACACUGAUUCAGGAAUGAAAUUAAAGAAGUCGAAUAUAUCAAGUAGAUUAUAUGACACUGAAAAAGAUAAUCAAAUAUCAAAUAAGAACUUGUUGACUGAAAAGGAAGGUAAUAUGAAGGAUUCUGAUUCAAAGACAAAAGCCAAAACAUCAAGUAAUGGAGAAAUAAAAGUGAAAUGUUCAGAGAAUUUAAAAUAUGGUUCAAAGAAUGAGCAAAAAUCUGGUACAGAAAAUAUAAAACAAUCUGUUAACAAACUAGAUUCCAGAUUAAGGAACCCAGAAAAGACCUCAGGAGAAAGAGAAAAUAAAAGAGAAAAUUCUGCUUUAAAUUUAAAGAAGACUGAUAAAUCAGUAGAAAAAUGUAAAACGUCUGAUUUAGAGAAAAAGGAAAACCCUAGGGAAUUAAGUGCAUCCGAUUCCCAAAAGACAGAUAAGGAUUGUGAAAAAUCAAAACUCAGUGAAGGAAGCAAAACAAUUGGUAAAGAUGAUAAGGAAUCAAAUCUGAAAAAGAAAAAUAUUUCAAUAGAAAUUUCAAAAUCCCAGUCAGAAAACAAAGAACUAUCUGAAGUAAAAACCACAUCAGAAUUAAAAAAGAAAGAGAAAUCUAAUAUAGCAUUUAGUUUGGGAAGUAUUGUAUCAGAAAUGAGAAAGAAUGAGAGAUCAGAAGAAAAAGACAAACUUCCCCUUGAUAACAAAGAAAAUGCAAACACAAUAGUUAAACCAGUAGUGAAAAACAGGAAUAAAUCUCCAAAAAAUUUGCAAAAGGAAUUGGAAUUCAAUUCAGCCUCUGGUGAAAAAAUAGAUGACAAAAACAGAACUGAUAAGUCAAAAGUUAUCAAAGAGCUUUCCAAUAAGACCUCGAGUAACAAAGAUGAUAAGCAGCAAGUCAAUGUUGGAAACAAAGAAAAAUCAUCAAAUAAAUCUUUGUCAACAUCAGAAAGACAUAAACAUAGAGACAGUUCACUUACAUCAGAUAGCUCACAUGAAAGGGAUAACAGAAAGUCUUCUUCAAAGUCAAACAGUGAAGAGCUAUCCAAGAAGACACGCUGGGAUAUAGUCAUGAAAGAUUUGGACUAUGAUACACAGAAUCGUGUAAGUAGGAAGAGGAAAGAUUCAGAAUCAGAUUCUGAUGCUAGAUCGUCAAGGAAAGGGUCGCCUCCUGUAAUGUAUGUGUCUGGAAAAAAGUCCAAAAGCAAGCGAUCAUCCUCAGGUAAAAAGUUCUCCACACCAUCUAAAAAGACUGCAUCGAAAUCCAGGACAGCUAGUCCAAGUCCCAGCAAGCAGAAAUCAGUAUUUGACUAUGGAUUGUUACCUAGGAAGGAAUGGGAGUUUAAAAUUCCUAAAAAAUCCACAAAUGCCAAAGAUGACAAACAAACCUCAGGUAAAAUGUCUUCCAAUAAAAGAGAGGAAUCCACAUCAUCAAAAUCACCAUCAAUUUACAAUGGAAAAGAAAAUGAUUAUAAAUCUAAUACAGAGACAGCAAGAGAUUCCAAUAAAAUAUCAGAGAAGGGGAAACAUUCAUCUAGAAAAUCCAGUUCCAUUGGUGAUAAAGAACCAUUCAGAUUAUUUGGAAAAGAAGAAAACAAAAACAGUAAAGGAUUCAAAGAAAAAGUAAAGCCUUGUAAAUCUUCUGUAGUACAAACAACUGUUCCACGCUCUAAAGAUGUUGGUUCUAUAAUGCAAAUGAUACGGAGCAAUGUGCUAAACAAGGACAAUAAAAAAAAUAUAGAUGACUUCACUGUCUAUUCUCCCUCUGAUUCCUUGACCGAUAACCAGUCUGAGGUAACCAGUGGGUCUACUGAAGAAACAGCACAAGAUUUAAUGGAUAUCAUGGAUGGUAAAGUUCCACUGGAGAUUAUUGACGAAGUCGGAACUGAUACAGAUUCGAUGUUAGACAAUUCUUCAUUCAAUAUCUCCAAUGAGUAUGCCAAAGAUUUAAACAGUGCAAUACCAGGAGUCUAUGGCUCUAAAACAAAACAUUUGUCAGGGGAUAUACUCAAAUCUAAAUCUAUUACAAAUGUUGAUGUUGCUAACAUCACUGACACUCAGAAGGAUAUGAAAAAAGACAGUCCACUAAUUUAUCAAUUUGAAAAUACUCAUAUGAGGGAUUUGAAUGAUAAUUUGGUGACAAGUGCAGGACAAAAUUUAAAUGCUAGUACAUUGCCUGAAAAAUCCACUAGCAGCAACUUGGGUAGUUUCGGUGUAAGUACCUUAUCAACUAACAGACCUGUUGGUGUUAUAGACCCUCUGGAUGAUCUUGAUUUUUAUAUACCAAGUGUAAACAGGAAGGUUGAAGAGGUUAACAAUGGUAAACAGAUGAGAAUCACUGUGAAGAACGACUGUCCACUGAAUAAAACUGUUCUUGGAUAUUCACUAGUAGAACUUAUAAAGACAUGUCUCCAUGGAAAACAAGAAGAUAUGAGGAUUGUUAACCUGCAAGAAUCCAUAAUCCAAAGAUCUGUUAAUCUGACAUUACACAAGCUGAACAUAGCAGCAACUUUGGAGAGAACAGUUGAUAAAAAUGAUGCUGCACCGAUAAUUGAAGAGGAACCAUCUAAAGCUGUUUUGAAGAAAGAAGAAGAGCUUAUUCCUGGUUUGGGAGACUUGCAUGAUCUAGAGGAGGCCAUUCAUACCUCUUUUAAUGAGGAAGACAGUGAAAAUAAUGAAGAUAAAGCAAAAACAACUGAAGUGUUGAAAUGUGAUCAAGUUGUUGCUACUGAGGCCACUAAGUCAUUACAAAGUCUAAAGAAAGGUGAUACUGUCAAGAAUAUAGAAAUCUCUCCAAUCAGAGGACCAGAAUCUAAAAAAUCUGUCCCUGAACCCAAAAGGACUCACAAGGAGCAGUCAAAGGAGAAUAGCAACAGAGGACCAAUCAGAUCUGCUGUAUCUAAAGCUCAUCGUCAAGAUAGGCAACAUCAUCCCUAUUCCAGGAAAGAGAAACAUUACAAGGCUGGAUGGUCCUUUGACAUUAGCUACACCCUUCAAGAUAUUAUGGAGAACCUGACAACCAGUUCAUACAAAGAUCGCAAGAAUAUGUCAACACCAAACAGCCGCAGACCAAGAUUUUCUAAUUACAGAUUUCGUCGUUCUGAAGUUCCAGAAUUUCUACCAGAUGAGAGGGAGGACAAUUAUUUAACAGAAGAAGCCAUACCUGAUUUUGUUGAGCGUAAGAAGAAAGCAGAGAUGUUAGAUAAUAUGAGUACUGUUGGGGGUGAAGAUGAACCCUUCUCUGUAGAACAGACCAUGUAUGAUAGAGAGACUGAACCUCCUAGGGAAUCCCAUAGAGAACAUUCCAGGGAGACUGAACCUUCUCGGAAAUCUCAUAGAGAACAUUCCAGGGAGACUGAACCUCCUAGGGAAUCUCAUAGAGAACAUUCCAGGGAGACUGAACCUUCUCGAGAAUCUCAUAGAGAACAUUCCAGGGAGACGGAACCUUCUCGGGAAUCUCAUAGAGAACAUUCCAGGGAGACUGAACCUUCUCGGGAAUCACAUAGAGAUAAUUCCAGGGAGACUGAACCUCCUAGGGAAUCUCAUAGAGAUCAUACCAGGGAGACUGAACCUCCUCGGGAAUCUCAUAGAGAUCAAUCUAGGGAACAAUCCAGGGAAGAUUCUAGGUCUAGGAAACUCCCCAAAGCAAGAUACUUAAAACGUUAAAAUUAAAAAUCGAGGAAUGUAUCUAGACAGCUGAACAAAGAGGAAUCAAAGGACAAAAAAACUGAUCACCAUGACGACGAUGACAUACAGUAUCUUGGUACAGAGAGUUCACAACAAAACUGGCAGAAUCAAGUUAAAGAUUUCUUGGGACAGUGUGCUUCAAAGUCACCAAAAAAGAAAAGGAGCAGGCGAUUUAGGAAAAGAAAACGCUGAUAAAAUUGUUGUACAGUUCUAUGAUCUUAUCAGCCUAUCUUUGUACAUAUUAGUCUUGUGUUACCAUGUAUGCACUGUAUUAAAGGAUACUAGACUACCGUGUGAAUAACAUCCACUUGUUAAUUUGACUUAGACAAUGUAUAAAAAGAACCAGAUAGUUGUUACUCUGUGUCAGUCUGUGAGAAGAAAUUUUUUUUUGGAAUGUAAUAUCAGUGAUUCUUUACUUUUAGUGAUAUUGGAAACUCAGGAAUAGAAGAGGCAUGUUAGAGUACAAAGUGUUGUAUAUUUAUUUAAAUGUAGUGCUGUAAAAUCUGGAAUUAGUGCUUGUAAAUAGUGUAGUUUUAACUGUGUAUAUGUACAGUUUUAUUUGUGAAGGGAAGUUUUGUAUGUUUUAUACUUGACAGCCAUUUUCUUUGUGCCAUGUAUAGUAGUAUGUUUUAGUGCUUCAUUGUAUCAAUUCCUUAAGUAGUGAAGAAUGGUGCUGUUUUUUCUUAGUAAAAUCAUAUGAUUAAUUUAUUCCAUCAUAUUCUUAAGGUAAAUUUUAGAUUCACAAGGACAAGAACUCUAAUCAUAGUUUUAAUUUUGCUGUGGUAAUUAAGUUUCACACCAAUGUUUUGAAUUCAGGAGUAGUUAUAAGUGUUGCCUAACAACUAGUUCUGAAUUAAGAAAAUAUGGAUAACAAAUAGUCAUAGUUUUUUAUUGUUUUAGGAUCAUGAAGGAGAAUGAUUUUUAUAAUCUCCCUAAAUUGUCAUUUCUGUUCUAUUCAUGACAUUAUGUUUUAUUCUUUAACAAAUGAUUUCCCCAGUAUAUAUGAUUAAGUCUUAAAUUUGGAUUGUUUAUAUAUUUUACAUUCUUUUCUAAGCAAAAUCAAAAAAUAUUUUGUAUAUCAAGUCUACCUUAAAAUGCAUCUAACUAGUUCUGCAGAGGAAACAUUUAUUUUCAUAAAUAAAUUGAAUUUUUGUUUUCGAAAAUAUUAUUAAAAUAAAAUGAUCAUUUACGUUUAUGUAAAGAUAUUUUUUUUUUGUAAAUGCAAAACAUGCAAUUUCCCUUUUGUUUUUGUAUAAGAAAAAAACAUAUUGUAAGUCGUUCUUAAUAUUAGAUAGUUAAUAUGUAUAUAAACUUAUAUCUUUAUUUGGAUUCAUGGUUGAGUGUUGCCAGAACAAAUGUUGAAAAUACAUUAUUUGACCACUAUUUGUUUUACGUAAUUACAAAUUUUUAAGUUUGAAAAUUCCAUUUAGUUCACAUUCCAGAAAACAGAGUUGUUAUUUUUAAUGAGCUUUUAAUCAUUUAGUUAGAAUACAACAUUCCCAAACAGUUUUCAGUUCUUUUCACUUAUUCUGUAUAUGUUUUUGUUCUUUUCAAAGAUAAUGCACACCAAUAUUAAAUUGUUUUUGCUAUUAAAUGUUUAAGAUAGUUCUGUUUGAACUGUACUUCAGAGAGGAAAGAACCUGAAAUGAAUCAUUGACCAUUUAGUUUUUAGUUUGUAUUUUAUGUAACAUUUUAUGUUGCAAGGAAAUGAAAUCAUUUUUUUUAUCAUGGUUUCGACUUUAAUGACAUGGUUCAGUUUAUGUGUGAAAAACAAUUGUAUAUGCUGUGUAGACAAAAUUUUAUUUUUUAUGUUCUUAUGCUUUUUCUUCUUCUACCUUUAGAUAAAGAAUAGAAAGCACAACAAUUUAGUCGUUUUGUUACUAAGUUAGUUAUUAAACAAUAUGUUUAAUGGGUUUGAUAUAUACAGAACAAAGAUUGUUUUUAAGAUGGUACAUAUGUUUGAUAAAUCAGGUGAAUUUGUUUUUAAUCUUUUUCUGGUUUAAUUUUAUGUUUUAUGUUUGUUAUUAAUGGUGGUUAUUUUUGUAAUCAUGUUUUUCAGAGAACAUCAAAGGACAAUUUAUAUAUUGUGAGAAAAUACAUAUUAAA